AUGUCGACGACUCCUGAUUCUAUCGGGCCCGACGGCCAACUCCCUCUAUCGCCAGACUUUGAGCCUCUUGACCAUCAUAGCAACGGCAGCAGCAGCAACACGACACCGACAAGCCAAAAGAUGGAGAGCGAUGGUCAACAGCAGCAUCAAGACGCCCCUGAGGCCUCCACUCUCUUCCGUGAAGACUCUGCUCCUCCAUCAGCAUUGGAGCCGUUUGACUGGGCCGAGUUCACUGCUCGAUAUGAGGCUGCUCUGAAGGACGCCACGGAAGAGGAAAAGGCCAUUCUCAAGGACGCUGAAUCCUUAUCAAGAUACUUUAGUGCAUGGGCCUCAGCAGCCUCCGUCCAUGACGACGAACGCGCUACCAAGAGGCUCCAGACGCGCCAGCGCUUUGUCAACCUUUCCGAAGAGAAGAUGGCACAAAAACAAAAGCACUACGAGGAGGUCGUUCGCGCGUUUGAAAGUGCUCUCGCACUGCUCCGUUCAUCGUAG